GGAUUUCUCUUGCCUUAUAAGUCGAGAUCACCGACUAUAGCAUUAGUUUCAAAAAAAUUGUUAGAUAUAAAUGUUUUUACUUCUUUGAAUCCUAAAACGCUUGAUUAAAGGCCCGCGUUUUCAGACAACGACUUUGGCAAUUGGAUGGCCUCUCUUCAGUUGUUAUUCCUGGUACGCGCUUGUUUUUGCGGGGGAGGGGGGUAUGACUCUAUGCACAGAGAUUAAGAAAGGUAGGGUAAAGGAUAAUAAGUAUUUCAGAUAUAAAGGAAGAGAAUGCCGCAAAAAACUUGGUUUCUACAACGGCACAUUUUUUCAAAAAACCAGCUCGAGCUUAAAAGAUGUCUUUGGCAUGUAUUCAUAUUGGGCCAAACACCAAAGGCUCACAUAUGAAGACGUAGCAAGUAAAAUGGUUUGUGAAAGGCGGUGCAAACUCAGCUCCCACACUUUAGUAGGUUAUAUAGACUGUUUCAAAAAUUUCUGUACGGAGCAUUUAAGGAGACAUCUUUUAAGAAUAGGGGGUCUUGGUAAGGUAGUGGAGAUUGACAAAACACUCCUUACCAGGAGAAAGUACAAUAGAGGUAGGGUGGUAGAGAAAAAGUCGUGUUUUGAGGGCAUUGGAGAAAGAGAUGCUGUUAUCCUUUUCCCACUGAUUAGGCAGUAUGUUGUGAAAGGACCGACUACGGUGUCUGACCAGUAA